CGGGAUGCCGCGGGGCUGGACCGCGCUCUGCCUGCUCAGUCUGCUGCAUGAAGCUGCUUUGGGGGGCGACCAGAGUCAGAAUGAGGCGCCAGGUAGCACUCCCCUGCCACCAACAGCCUCUGGGUUCACAAAUACACAAACCAGGACCACUGUUACCACAGAGUCAGCCACCUCACAUACAAGUUCAACUGUUUCCGCAAAUGUGUCCAGCCAGGAAGCCACCACACUAAGUCCUCUUGGAAUUACCAUGCCAUACCCUGUCUCUCAAGACCGCAAUGGGACCGCAACAGCCAUCUCAGAGACUACAGUCAACUUCACUUCUACCUCUGAGAUCACCCCAGUGCCUGGAACGGGGAACUCUUCUGUCCAGCCACAGACCUCUUUAACUGUUACAGCGUUUUCCACCACAACCAACUUUUCAGCUUCAGACAUGACUUUGAAGCCCAGCAUGCUCCCCGGAAAUGUUUCCGAUCCCCCAUAUAACAGCACCAUCAGUGUGACAUCCUCCACUGAGCCUUAUGCAUCAUUUUCUCCCACCCCAAGUACCAUCAAGGGAGAAAUCAAAUGUUCCCGAGUCAAAGAAGUGAAAUUGACCCAAGGUAUCUGCCUAGAGCUAAAUGAGACCUCCAGCUGUGAGGAAUUUAAGAAGGAUAAUGGAGAGGAACUGACUCAAGUCCUGUGUGAGAAGGGGCAGGCUGACACUGUGGCUGGCAUGUGUUCCCUGCUCCUGGCCCAGUCUGAAGCGAAGCCUCACUGCCUGCUGCUGCUCUUGGCCAACAAGACAGAACUUUCCAGUAAGCUCCGUCUUCUGAAAAAGCACCAGCCUGACCUGAAAAGGCUUGGGAUCAAAGCCUUCUCUGAACAAGAUGUUGGGAGCCACCAGGUCUAUUCCCGCAAGACCCUGAUUGCCCUGGUCACCUCAGGGAUCCUACUGGCUGUCUUGGGCACCACUGGCUAUUUCCUGAUGAAGCGCCGCAGUUGGAGCCCCACAGGAGAAAGGCUGGGCGAAGACCCUUAUUACACGGAGAACGGUGGAGGCCAGGGCUAUAGCUCAGGCCCUGGGGCCUCCCCUGAGGCUCAGGGAAAGGCCAGUGUGAACCGAGGGGCUCAGGAGAACGGGACCGGCCAGGCCACAUCCAGAAACGGCCAUUCAGCAAGACAACACGUGGUGGCUGAUACCGAAUUGUGACUCGGCUGGGUGGGGCAAGGCUGGGCAGUGUCUGGGGAAGGGGCCCCUCCCUGCAUCUGACCACAUGCUGCCUCCACGCUGGAGGCACCAUCGAUUGCAUUCUACUCUUACCUGCUGCACACAUCCUCGGAGGCUGUUCCUGGGGCCC